AUGCAAAGUGAAAACACAGAAGAAGGUGUUCGUAAGGCUCUUCGUACACCGAAGUGUGCCAGGUGCAGGAAUCACGGAGUCAUCUCUUGUUUGAAAGGGCACAAACGUUUGUGUCGCUGGCGUGACUGCCGUUGUCCUGGCUGCUUGUUGGUGUUGGAGAGACAAAGAGUUAUGGCUGCACAGGUAGCCCUUCGCCGUCAGCAGAGCGCGGGCGGUAGUGCCCGCGAUGGCGAGGCGGCCGCGCUCGCAGCCCGCAAGCGAGCGUACCGCGCGCGGCUGCGAUGUAUGCAGAUAUCCCGCACCUAUCCUGUAGCACCGGUUAAUUACGGUACCUCACCUCAAACAAGUGACACCGCAUGGUCGGAGCGCGUACGCAAACGGCGCGCCUUCGCAGACGCAGCGUUAGAAACAGACCUCCCCACCAACCCGUAUCCCGAGCCAGCCCCUGCCGCUUUGUUCUGCAGACACCUACUAGCGGCUCUACUCACUAACUACGCGCCGCAACCACAACCGCGACCGAAGAUUUCAUUCUCCAUUGAAUCUAUUAUUGGUGUUCAAUAAACUUACUCAUUUUUUUAUGAGACCUGGUAUUUAUUAGUUGGGACGUGUUGUUUGUAAUUAAAUUAUUUAUUAAAAUGU